ACUGGACAUUUCUGAUAUAAAAUUAUAAUAUCAUUGUUUUUGGAACACAAAUGAAUUAAUAAAUACGUUUUAAUUAAAAGAAAUUUAAUUAUUAUAGUGCACAUGCCAUUUAACUAAAAUGGAGUGUGUAGGUACGGAGAACGGAAAUAAAAUAGAUAACACAGUUUCAAAUCAUACAAAGGAGGAAAAGUCUGAUUUUAAAGAGCCUUCAGAAUGUAAAAUACCCAAAACUGAAAUAUCCGAGGUAACGGAGUCCUCCAACGAUGAAAAAAAAGUUGAUUCUACAAGUGAACUGUUAGAUUUUAAAGUAGUUUAUAAUAAAAAUAAACAUGAUGUUAGUGCUCCUUCAGAUUCAACUGUGGCAGAGCUGAAAAAAAAAUUACAGGGAUUGUUGGGUGUGCCAGAAUCUUUACAGAAAUUAAUGUACAAAGGUCUUUUACAAGAUAAUCAAACUUUAGCUAAUGUAGGUAUAACCAAAGGUGCAAAAAUAAUGUUAGUAGGGUCUACACUCAAUGACGUCCUGGCAGUAUCUUCUGUCACAAAACAGGAUGUUGCGGAAUUAGAAAAUCCAGCAAACACAAAGGAACCUUUGUGCCGACAAAAAAUUCAUAAGAAAGUACUGGACAAAGGUGUACCUGAAGAUGCUAUGCCAGGAAUAAGAAAUUUAAAGGAAGGUCUACCACCAGUUCCUUUGUCAGGAAUGCUCAAUAAGCAUGGGGGCAAAGUAAGAUUGACAUUUAAACUAGAAAAUGACCAAUUGUGGCUGAGUACCAAAGAACGUACUGAAAAGUUGCCAAUGGGCUCAAUAAAAAGUAUUGUUUCAGAGCCUAUUGAAGGUCAUGAGGAAUAUCACAUUAUGGGUUUACAAUUAGGGCCAACGGAAGCGUCUCGAUAUUGGGUGUAUUGGGUACCAGCUCAGUAUAUUGACGCCAUAAAAGACGCCGUACUAGGGAAAUGGCAGUACUUCUGAUGUAGCUGUAAAAUAAGGCCCAGUAUUUGUUCUUCAUAUGUCGUCUAUUAUCCCAGUCAAUUAAAACACCGUUGGUUUAAUUUCAUUGUCAGUGUCCAAAUUGGCUGUAACACAUCCCUGGAAAUUUUUAUAUGAUUCAAAAUUCGACGAUGCAUUUCGUUUUCUUUUG